AUGCCAACAGCAAAGAUUUCUGUACGGGAAGAAGAUAUUAUUAGAUUAACUUUGGAGUUUUUGCAUAAUCGCGAACUUCAUAUAUCUCAAUUAAGCGUAGAACGUGAAACUGGUGUUAUAAAUGGAAGUUAUUCAGAUGAUACCUUGUUUCUUCGUCAACUCAUUUUGGAUGGUCAAUGGGAUGACGUGCUUGAAUUCAUUCAACCAUUGGAAGCGAUACCAACUUUUCCUACCAAUAAAUUCAGGUACUGUAUCCUAAGACAUAAAUAUGCCGAGCUAAUAUGUAUGAAAUCAGAAGCAACUGUGGUAGGAAGUGUAGACACUGCAGUAGAAGAAGUAGUUAAAGUUCUAAAUGAGUUAGAAAAAGUAUGUCCUACUAAAGAGGAAUAUUCUAAUCUUUGUUUAAUGUUGACAUUACCAAGACUAUCCGAUAAUUUAGGGUAUAAAGAUUGGAACCCUAGUACAGCGAGAGUACAAUGCUUUAAACAAGUUUAUCCUCUUGUAAUGAAAUUUUUACCAUGUGACAAAAAACCUGUUAUGCCAGAUGCAAUAAAUGACAGGCUCAUUCAAUUAAUUAUUAAAGGAAUGCUUUAUGAAUCUUGUUGUAAUUUUUGUAAAUCGAAAGCUGUUGGAAGUACACAGCCUUUUGGACCUAAUGUUUUAAAUUUUUCUCAUAUAUUUAAUGGAUCAGAAGGUUAUAAAGAUACAGAUCUUAGUUUGAUGUCAUGGCUUCAAAGCAUUCCAGCUGAAACUUUUAUUGUGCCUUUUGAACAAAAAACUUUAAAUGUUGAACUUGAACAGUUAGAGAGACCAUCUUUGGAAACAUCAUGGACGGAACACAUGCUUGUCACUCCUAUAAAACCAAAACAAUUCCCACAUUCUGCAAUGCCAUUUACUAGACCACGAUCAGCUGCCGAUAUUAUGUCACGUUCCUUGCUGCCAAAUCUUGACCAUACUUCUUCUUCAUCUCUUAUAUCAUCUAUCGGGGCACCUAAUACACCGUCAAACCUUGUAAAAUCGUCUUUUGCAAGUUUUCAUUUAACAGGACUAAAGAGUAAUACACCAAUGACUAGUUCAGUAGAUAAAUUAUUUGAGAGUGAAGUUUUCGUAAAUAGUAUAAACGGAGAGUUACCUUCUAUUACUGAAGUUGUGACACCUGUAAAAGAAAAUAGAAAAUUUUUUUCGGAAUUGUCGUCUCCAGAACCUGGAAGGUCAUCAAAUUCUACAACAACGUCAAAUACUACUAGAUCAUCUAGAAGAGAUUCACUUACUGAUCGAUAUCAAUCGUUGUCUAUUAACCAAUCUAGUACUAGUUUCGAUAUGCAGAAUAGUCAGUGUGAUUUGCUUAAGGAAUAUCAGCGGCAAAAACAAAGAUAUCAUGAUGCCUUACAAGAUCAAGAAAGAGAAAGACUCGAGCUUAUAGAGCAAUUGCGUAAUACAGAAUCGAAACUUCAAGAAGAAAACAGUGAAUUAUCAAAUAAAGUUUUACCAUCUGAAACGGCGACAUUUUCAAAAAAUAAUGCUGCCAAACCUCCAAUCCCCACAAAAGUAAAUGUAAUAAAUGGAAGUAAAGGAGAAUGGACUUCUGAGAAUGAUAACUUAAAGGAAAUACAGGUAAGAAAUUAA